AUGUUGCCAGCACUGAAAUCAGGUGUUUUGAGGUCCAUCCUUCAUGGACAAGGAGCCUUCAGAGCUAUUGCUGUAGCACCCAUCCGUGCAGGCUCAACAGGAGGAUCUGCAGAGUAUAUUCCUCCAAAAACAUACACAAAGGAAGAGCGCAUUGAGCAAUGGGACUAUGUCAACAGUGUCUACUUUGGUCCAGAAAGAGACUUGAAGAACUUCCCAAAUCCCUCUCAGCCUGAUCAGGCACCGCCUGUGAGAAUGGGAAUAGUCCCAGCCUCCUGGUUUGAGUUCUUCUACCCAAAGACUGGUGUCACUGGUCCCUACUUGUUUGCGGGAGGUCUGUCCUUGUGGAUGCUGUCUAAAGAGGUGAUGGUCAUUGACCACUACUUCUGGGAGUUCCCUUCCUUCUGGGGAGCAGUCUGGUUUGUCAACUACAAGUUCGGAAGUCAAAUUAAGAAGUAUUUCUCUGACCAGCUGCAGCUGAAGCAGGAUAUUAUCUUCACUCGUCCGAUUAAUGCCAUGAAGGGGGCAGCACAAGAGACUAUUGCCAAGUGUGAGCGACUUAUAGAGGAGACCGAAGUAGCCAAGCACCUCUACCUAGCCAAGAAGGAAGGUGUGGAGCUCCAGCUGGAGGCUGCUUAUCGCCAGAGACUGUUGACAGCUUUUCAGGAAGUGAAAAAACGAUUGGACUAUGCACUUGAAAAGGAGAAUGUGAAGAGGCGAUACGAGCAAGAACACAUGGUGAAUUGGAUUGUUUCAAGUGUUACCAAGAGCAUCACAGCCCAGCAGGAAAAGGAAAGCAUCCAAAGUUGCAUCAAGACUUUGAAAAACCUGUCCGCCAAGCAGGCAGCUGUGUUGUGA